AUGCUGAAAAUACUCAGCAAUUUGCCGCCAUCUUGAAAAUAGCACGCCACACUUUGCAGAAGCGUAAACCCUUUUCAAAUUGCUUUCGGAAAUGUUUCCAGAUUUCUGAUCUAAAGAAAAACGAAGUUUAGCAAAUAUGGAGGCCGUAAGGGCGUUUAACAAUGAGUUGUCCUCAUUGUAUGAGACUAGGCCGCCAAUAUCCCGAGCAAAGAUGGCCAAUGUCACCAAAUGUGCAAUAAAAGCCAUAAAGUUCUACAAACAUGUGGUUCAGAGUGUUGAGAAAUUUAUUCUUAAGUGUAAACCAGAAUACAAGGUGCCAGGACUCUAUGUCAUAGAUUCAAUUGUUCGACAAUCAAGACAUCAGUUUGGUCAGGAGAAGGAUGUCUUUGCCCCACGGUUUACCAAAAAUGUUGUUUCAACUUUUCAGAAUCUGUUCAAAUGUCCACCAGAGGAACGGAGCAAAGUUGUGAGAGUGCUGAAUCUAUGGCAGAAGAAUGGGGUGUUUAUGAGUGAAGUCAUUCAACCUUUACUUGAUAUGGCAGCAGACCCAAACAACCAACAGUUUGCAACAGCAGCUCAGCGAGCUGUAGAUAAUGUGUUAGCGGCAGGAGCUAAGCCACACCAUCCAGAGGGAGAACAAGACACAUCAAUGAACACCUCAGUCCAAGCAGAGGAGGGUGAGGAAAAUGCUGAGAACUCACUGGCUGCUCAAACGGAAAUGUUAAACACUGUCACCCAGCUGCUACAACAGACUUCUCAGGGUUCCACAAGUCUGAGUGCACAACAGCAACAAUUACAGCAGCUACAACUCCUGCAACAACAACUGAUCCAGCACACCCAAUUAAUGCAGCAGUCCAGUCAGGGGCCACCUGUUAUAGAUAGCAACCUCUUGUCUCAUAUCCAGACUUUGACUAACCAGCUCCUCAAAUCGGGGGAUAAACCUCCAGAACCUGGCUUCAACAGGAAACUUUUGGACUUUGAUUAUGGAGAGAGUGAUGAGGAAGACGCAGGUCAACAUAUGCAACAGCACAAUAUGUUAAAUGAGACGCAUAUGAUGCAGCAAAUCCAACAGCUGUCCCAGACAAUCCAGAAGAAUGAGGAACUGAAUCGACAGAAAAUUCUGCAGCAACAACAGGCCGAGUUUGAUCAGCAGAUUGGACAUAUGGGAAAUAUGCCUCCUCAGAUGCAUAUGCCGCCCGAUCCUCUCCAUCAGAUGGGACAUCCGAUGCCCCCAGGGUUUGCUCACAUGAUGCCGCCUGACCCACCACCGCAAAUAUUUCCACCACAGGACAUUGAUGAGAGGCCCCACCUCCCUCCUGUUCCCCCACCAGAUGAAGAGGAGGAUCAGAGGGAUCGAAAAGAUCGGGACAGGGAGGACCGAAGGCACAGAAGGUCCAGGCAUGAUAGAUCUAGGUCAAGGACACCAAAGAAAAGAAGGAGAUCUAGGUCAAGGUCAAGAGAUCGAAGAAGACGAUCAAGGUCAAGAGACAGACAUAGGAGAUCUAGAUCACGAGACAGAGAAAGGGAUAAGCAAAGAGAGAAAGAAAGGGAGAGAAGAAAGAAAGGCUUGCCAGCCAUGAAAGACCAGUGCUUGUCUAUUUGUUCAACAACUCUAUUCAUUGGAAAGAUUUCCAAAACUACAUCAGAAGAUGAGUUGAGGUCAGAACUAGAGAAGUUUGGCAGUGUGGAUUCAAUAAAUAUGAUUCCACCCCGAGGAUGUGCGUUUGUUUGUAUGACCCGCCGAAAGGAAGCCUCUAAAGCUGUGGACAGGAUGAAAGGCUUGCUUCUAAAUGGGAGUGAACUCAGGGUUGCCUGGGCACCAGGAAUUGGAGUUAAGGAGUCGCCCUUUAAAGACAAGUGGGAAGUCGAUGCGGGAGCCACGUACGUCCCCUGGAGCGAUCUCCCAGAUGAUUUAUCGGGCCUGAUUGAAGGAGGCAUCAUUGAUGAAGACUCUCUGCCAGAGAAUCUGAAAGGAAUUACGUUAGGGAGGGAGAAACCUGAUAUCCUCGAAGAACCACCCCAACCAGUGAUGAAUAGUCAGAUGCCUCCUACCCAGAUUCCUCCUCUACAACCUGUUAACAUGCCCCCAGGAGGACCUCCCCCGGGAACCAUGCCACCCCCUGUGCCUUCUCCAGGAAUGAUGCCCCAGGGAAUGUUGCCCAGGAUGAGCAUGAUGCCCCAGAUGGUUGUACAGGGGGGCAUGCCUCCCCCUCCAAUGUCAGGAAUGCCUCCUACAGUCCCUUCAGUCCCAAUGUCAGUGAGCACGGGUAUGCCCCCAAUACAGGCGGGAAUGAUCCCCCUACCUGCUGGGAUGCCUCCUGGAGGGAUGCCACAAGUUGUACGACAGCCUGCAUCAGUAGUUAGUACUGGAGUACCAUUUACACAGAACUUAACAAGCAUGACCCAACCAAUGCUAGCUGUUCAACGUCCAGGACUUCCUCCAGGUGCAGCAUUUCCAAGGUUUACUAUGCCACCUCAAGGAUUUCUAAGACCACCACAGCCAAACUUUGAACCUAUGAAGCCUUCAAUGCCAGUGGCAAACCGACUGCCAUUCAAUGCAGGUCAGGAUUCUGCGGACAAACCACAAAUGGAUUGGCAGCAGAAGUCUGACUUUGACAGUGGUGACAAUAUGGACUUGGAUGAACGUGAUUCAAAACCUGAAAAGAAAUCCAGGUUUAGCGAUGCUACUCCUCCCGACAGUUUCAGUCAAGGGGGUCCCACCAUGGGGCCAGGAAUGGGAAUGAUGGGUCAGAUGAGACCACCAAUGGGAGGAAUGGGUCCCCCUGGUGGAAUGAGGGGACCCAGACCGUUAAUGGAUGCAGGAGGGCCAAACAUGGGACCUAGAGGCCCUCCAGAUGGACAGAAUAGAUUUAAUUCUCCUAACAUGAUGGGAGGCCCACAAAGAGGUGGUUUUGGGGGUCCAGGGGGUCCUCCAGGAUUUAGAGGCAAUCGACCAUUCCAAAGAUUCCCAGGGCAGUUCAUGAGACCGGGAUUCCGGGGGCCUCCUGGUGACAUGAUGAGGCCUCCAUUUGAAGGUCCAGGAGGGGAAGAAGGGAAUGAAAUGGAUAAACCUUCCAAUGACCAGGAUAGUGAUCACAAACACAGGAAUUCGGGGGAUCGGUGGAGAGAAGAUAGGGAUGAUGAUGGUGGUCCCCACAGGGAUUACAGACGUGAUGACUGGGGAGGUGGAAGAGGUCGUGGCAGGGGGCGUGAUUUUGGUGGUCGAGGAAGAAGAGACUUCGAUCGUCGGGAUAGAAAUCGAGAUGACAGAGGUGGAAGGGAUAGAGACUAUGAUAGAGAUAGAGGUGAUAGGAGGAACAGGGAUAGAGAUGACAAUUAUAGAGAUAGAGAUGAAGGAUAUAGAGAUCGAGGCAGAGACAGAGGGGACAGGGGAGACAGAGGAGAGUGGCGUCGAAGAAAUGAAGAUGACCGGACAAAUAGCAGGAAGGAGGCCUUGGGAUGGGGCAGUGCCCUCGAGGAGAUGAUGAAGAAUGUAGUUUUACCUCCACCAGGUGGCAAGAUUGAAGGUGUCGAGGACAAAGUCCCGGCAGAAGAGACUGCUGCUCCACCAGCAGAAGAACCUGUUGUUGUGGAGCCUGUCCAAGAAGUGGAGCCCAUAGCACCUGCUAAAGAAAGUGUGAGUGUGAAUGGACCGGCGGAGGUGACAAGUGAUAGUGUUCCUAAUGGAGAUGAAUCGACUCGCACAUCUGAACCUGCCACAGUGACAGAGAUAAAGGAAAAAUUACCUGGGGAUUUAGAGGAAGGGGAGAUUGAGUGAUGCCCUUGUGGAUUAGGUUCCAUUGUGUUUCAUUGUCUAGGAUCUUUAUGCAGCUCCAUGUGAGGCAAAAUUCAUCUGAUCUCCUUUAGGAAUGUGUGAAUUCUGGAUACUAGUUGUUCAUGUGCAGUUCAUUAAGCAACAUUCUAUCAGUCUAUUAGAAGAUCGUGUCUCAUUAAAAUUUGAAGCAAGAAAUAAAAAAAAAAAGGGGGGGGGGGAAGGGGUAGUGGAGUAAUUAUGAACAUGCAUGUUUUAAAGUAUAUGUAUGUGAAAAAUUAAAAAUAUUGCAGUUUGUCAAAUAGAACUACAUAUAUUGAAAGUACUAGAUUUGUUCCAAUUUGUAUUUUGAGUAGUCGAUAUGUUGCUCAUAAAUUGCCAAUAUGUUGAAUUGAUUUGAAAUCAUGUGUAAUUUCUAAGGAGCUUUACCAAGAUCAUGAUGUACCAUUAUCUAUUGUUGCAUUUUCCACAUGUAAAUAUCCUUAUUUUUAUCUUGUUCAUACACACAAUUUUUAUAUCAUGAUGUGGAGAAUUUUUUUAAUGAAGUUGAAUGUUUUUGUGCAAGGUAAGAGUGGAAUGUUGUGCAAGUAGUGUAAGAGUGUGUUUAAAUGAUGUGUGCUCAAUUUAGUGGUUAUUUACAAACCACAAAAAAUAAAAAAGACAAAACAAAUUCUUAUCUGGGCUUUGUACAGUUUGUCAACUUUCACACUACAACCAUCAUCAGUUGUUGUGGUAUUUUAUUUAUUGGAAAAUGCUCCCAGUUAGGGAUAAUUUAUGAUUUAAAAAAAGUGAAACUGUCGUUGGUAUCGUAAGUAUAUAUUUAAAAAAAUUCAGGAAAGUAGAAUUGCGUUGAAUCCAGCUUGAGAUACCCAAGGAAAGAUAACUAUGUAAAGUUUAUCAAUGUUCCGAACUUCUGAUAAUUACAUGGAUUUUAAAAACGAAAUAUGCAUGUCUGUCAUAAGUUAUUAAAAUCAGGUAAUGUAAAUAUGUAGAAGAGGAGACGUAGCACUGGAAGUAGCGAUCCUGGCGGAAAAGCACCGAACCGGAAGUCGCCGAUGGACGGAUGUGAACGGUUGGUACCGUUGACUUUUGACUAUGUUAUUUUUUUGUAAUGUUCUGUUGUAAUUGAUAUAUGUAGAUAACAUGUUAUAUGAAUAUAAUUGUGUUACUUUGAUGUAUUUGGGCUUUUCAAUUUAGAAGUGCAAUGUCAUCUAGGAAAAAGAAAUUGAUGAAAAUUCUAAAUCAUUUCGUACAAAAUUAAAAAUUUACUCGUGGAGUUUAUCACA